AUGGCUCAUGAACCCACGAAAGACGAUAAGGUGGCUCAGCCACCUCCGCAAAACGCUUACCCGCCAUCCGGACCAUAUCCCAACCAACCUCCACCAAAUGGUCCAUACCCAAAUCAACCUCCACCAAAUGGUUCAUACCCAAACCAACCACCCCCACAAAACGCUUACCCACCAUAUCCAAACCAACCUCAACCAAAUGGUUCAUACCCAAACCAAUAUCCACCCGGGCAACCGCCUUACGGACAACCACAGCCAGGUGGUAGUGAGCACCAAAAGAAGGAUAAAAAUAAGGACAAGGACCAUAAGGAUAAAGACACCGAUAGCUCUUCGUCUUCUGACGAUGACACGCUUGAUUUUUUCGAGAAGGCGUAUAACGAACUUGAAGGUUUGAGCUGCCCAAAGAAGAAAAUGGUGGAUUGUAAUCGUAUACAUGCCAACGAAGUGUUAACGAAGGAUUAUUCUAUGGAGAAUCCGGUCUACAAUGCCAAAACGUUUAGGAAACGAUUUCUUUUAACGAAAGAUUUAUUUUUAAAUAUUGUAGCAGACGUUGAAGUAAGCGAAGAAUGGUUUCAAGAAGGUUACAACGGGAGGGGCAAACGAAGUUUCACGUCGAUACAAAAAUGCACAUCCGCCAUUCGCCAACUAGCGACAGGUAACCCUCCCGAUCAAUUUGAUGAAUACUACGUCGACAAGAACUUCACGUGA